UGUGCCGCGACCCGGCCCUACGUGGCCCUGUGCAGGGAUCCCGAUCCCGGGGCUCAGCGCAGUGUCACAACCAAACCCGCCGUACCCCGCUGUGGCUCGGGCCGGGCGGCAGCUGUGAAGUGGCCUGGGAAGCCGGGAGGAGGUUCCCCCAACGCGGGGGGGGGGGGUUGGCGACGCGGCCAUAAAGGCCAGGGCCGGUCUCUCCCCUCCCUCCCGUUACAGGGGGGGAACCCCUUAAUGCGCAUUAACAGCUGCAACGGCUGCUGCGUGUUUUAGUUUUGGGGAUAAUCGUAUCUAAAGGGCUUUUCUGCCCCCUCUUCAGUUAUUGGCACUGGCUCCUCGCUUUUCUUGCUGCGUUUUUUUCCCUGUUCCAUUUUAGCCCUCAUCAGCUUGGUGGGGGUGGCUUUUUUAAAAAUGUUUUAUUCCACUUGGAAGAAAAUCCUAUGUUCUGGCAGCAACUUCUGUACUGUGGCCUUUUCAUCACUGUCGUGGCCUCCCCCCUCUCCCCCCCCGCCAUGGGGGGUGGGCGUGGGAAGAGAGGACACACCUGUGAUUUUAAACCCCCAAAGUCUAGCUGUGUCAAAUGAACCUCACCUGAAAUUGAUUCUAAUUUGCCUUGAAAGGGAUUUGAUUUCAGACACUGGCAAAACAAAAUUCCUCAAAAAGAGGGAGAGGUUUUCUUGGCGUGUUUCAAUGCUGCAGACUGGAGCUUGAUUUUUGCAGUGAGGUGUGGGUGCAUAGGUGAACCCUGCCUCUGUCUGGUUUGCUUUGCAGGUGAACCUGGGGACCUUCUUACUUGAGUGUUAUUGUGCUGUGAAAGGAUUUCCCCCUUUCCUUCCUUUCCUAUGCUGGGUAUAGGAAACACAUGAUGUACGUGGGGAGAUGUUUAGUUUGCAUGUAUUUAAAAGACUUUCUUCUGAACAGCUCUGUUCAGUUGUCUUAAACUAAAAGUUGAUUCAAAUAAUUAAGUCAGGCAGCUUUGAUUUUAAUACAGGUUAGCUGUCAGUCAUAUAACUUAAGUGCCCUUGAUAACAGGGUCUGCUUAUUUAAGCUUUCUUCAGUCUCUGUAAUCACUGUUUUUCAGUGAUUUUUUUUGUUGUUUUUGUUUUUUUUAAGGGUGUUAAUGGAUUUGGUUUGUAUUUAUUGUUCCCUGAAGUUAUACACAGGCUUUUUAGAAUGCGGGCAACGUCAAGUAAUAAAAAUGUGUAUGAUAUCGGAGGUAUGCUACAAGCUUACUACAAGACAUUUCCAUAGUACAGGGGUUCUCGAACUUUGUGAUGCCACGACCCCGAGUGCUGGAUGGCGGCGGUAGGGGACUGGGAGCUUGCACACACCAGCCGCCACCAUCUACCGCUCCACGCUGCUGCUGCGUGCCAGUUCCCCAAGCCCCCUUUUAAAUUGCUCAUGAACCCCUGGGGGGUUGUGACCCACAGUUUGAGAACCCCUGCCAUAGUAUAUAAGCAGUAAUAUACUGCAGUGUUGCUCAGCCUGUGUGGCCCCAUGGGCCAGGUGAAUGGUGUAGGGUUGGCCGUUUGCAUCAGAUCGCAUUCUGCACUCCAGAUCUGGCCUGGUGCGCACAGCCAUGUCAUCAGGCCCAUUGAGUUCCCUUGGAGCCUGAAUAUUUGGUGGUGGGGGAGCGGUGGCAGCAUUAAUUGCUGUGGCUCUGGGAGCAGUUAACGCUGCCACUGCUUCUCUGUUGCCAAAUUUCUGGACCCAUGGGCAGUGUUACAGGCUGGAUGACAUAGCUCCAGGGGCCGUAGGUUGAACAUUGUUAGUAUAUCCCGCAUUGUAGUACAGAGACUGUUUCGGGCAUUGAUCUUGGGCCAUUCCAUUACCUAGGUGCAGUUGGAUAUGCUGAUAACUAUUACAUGAAAGAAACAUUAGGGAUUGUGGCAGAAGAUUUGAGGGUAAUUCUUCUCACCAGCUUCUUCUCACCAGUAGAGCAAAGGGAGCAGAACGUGGCAGAGAAUCCAUCGCAGUUUAUCUGUUGAGACCCCUUGAUCUUUUCAAAAUGGUGUUCUGACACCGAAUACAGAGAACACUAAUUAUUCUUACCAAGUACGUAACUUCCAUAAGUGUGAGGUCUGUUUGCUGUCUUUUCCAAAAGAAACACAGUUCCAGCGCCACAUGAAGGAUCAUGAGCGAAACGACAAGCCUCAUCGGUGUGACCAGUGUCCAAUGUCAUUUAAUGUGGAGUUCAACCUAACACUUCACAAAUGUACUCACAAUGGGGAAGAUCCUACAUGUCCUGUGUGCAACAAAAAAUUCUCCAGAGUGGCUAGUCUCAAAGCUCAUAUUAUGCUACAUGAGAAAGAAGAGAAUCUUAUGUGUUCAGAGUGUGGAGAUGAGUUUACUUUGCAGAGCCAGCUAUCUAUACAUAUGGAAGAACAUCGUCAGGAAUUGGUUGGAAGCAGGACCCAUAGCUGCAAAUCCUGUAAGAAGGAAUUUGAGACUUCCUCACAGCUUAAGGAGCACAUGAAAACUCACUACAAAAUAAGGGUAUCGAAUCCUAGGUCUUACAACCGAAACAUUGACAGAAGUGGGUUUACAUAUUCAUGUCCACACUGUGGAAAGACAUUCCAAAAACCAAGUCAGUUAACUCGACAUGUUAGAAUACAUACAGGUGAGAGACCAUUUAAAUGCAGUGAAUGUGGAAAAGCAUUUAACCAGAAGGGGGCAUUACAGACCCAUAUGAUUAAGCAUACUGGUGAAAAACCCCAUUCCUGUGCCUUUUGUCCUGCAGCCUUUUCUCAGAAAGGCAAUCUUCAAUCACACAUACAAAGAGUUCAUUCAGAGGUGAAGAAUGGCCCUACAUAUAACUGUACUGAAUGUAGCUGUGUUUUCAAAAGCUUAGGUAGCUUGAAUACUCACAUCAGCAAGAUGCAUAUGAGUGGUUCACAGAAUUCUGCAAGCUCUACAACAGACUCGACUCAUGUUACAACGGAGUCUGUGUCCCAGCCUCUAACAACACCUCCUGCUAACCUCUUGCAACCUGUGGAUAAUAAGUGGAAGAGUGCCACCCAUUUUCGGUCUCCACUUCUUCAACAGACAGAAAACCAGGUAGCUUCAGCAGCUGGUCAUCAGGGGCAACAGGCUGUAACUGACGUCAUCCAGCAGCUCCUUGAACUAUCAGAGCCAAGUGCAGUGGAAAAUAACCAGCCCCAGCAACCUGGCCAGCAACUCAAUAUUGCAGUUGGAAUCAAUAGAGACAUUCUACAGCAAGCCUUAGAAAACAGUGGUCUGUCUUCAAUCCCAGUUUCUGCACAUCCUACUGACUGCAGCCAAAUUAAGACUCCUGCAGCCCAGGAUCAAAAUCCAGAUGUCCAGAAUAUCUCAAAUCACCAAGCUGACCCGAGUAAUGCAGAACAGGAUAAAGGACAAGAAAGUCUAGAUAAAAUGGAUAAAAAAGAGAAAAAGGUCUUAAAGAAAAAAUCACCAUUUUUACCUGGUUCUAUCCGUGAAGAGAAUGGAAUAAGGUGGCAUGUUUGUCCAUAUUGCUCUAAAGAAUUUAAAAAACCCAGUGAUCUAGUGCGUCACAUUCGCAUUCAUACUCAUGAGAAGCCAUUCAAGUGUCCCCAGUGUUUCCGCGCCUUUGCUGUAAAGAGUACCCUUACAGCACACAUAAAAACGCACACUGGCAUUAAAGCCUUUAAGUGUCAGUGUUGUAUGAAAUGUUUUUCCACCUCAGGAAGUUUAAAAGUUCAUAUUCGUCUACAUACAGGUGUUAGACCUUUUGCUUGUCCUCACUGUGAUAAAAAAUUUAGAACAUCUGGCCAUAGGAAAACUCACAUCGCUUCACACUUUAAACACACUGAACUAAGGAAGUUGCGACAUCAGCGCAAACCUACAAAAGUUCGAGUUGGAAAAACCAGUGUUCCGGUACCAGAUAUUCCUUUGCAAGAACCCAUACUCAUCACUGAUUUAGGUCUUAUCCAGCCAAUCCCCAGGAAUAGCCAGUUCUUCCAAAAUUAUUUUAAUAAUGGUUUUGUGAAUGAAGCAGACAGGCCAUAUAAGUGUUAUUAUUGUCACCGAGCAUAUAAAAAAUCUUGCCACCUUAAGCAACAUAUCAGGUCACACACUGGUGAAAAGCCAUUUAAAUGUUCUCAGUGUGGAAGAGGUUUUGUGUCAGCUGGGGUGCUAAAAGCACAUAUCCGUACGCAUACUGGAUUGAAAGCUUUUAAGUGUCUUAUUUGUAACGGGGCCUUCACUACUGGCGGUAGCCUCAGGCGACACAUGGGGAUCCAUAAUGAUCUUCGACCAUACAUGUGUCCAUAUUGUCAGAAAACAUUCAAAACUUCGUUAAACUGUAAAAAGCACAUGAAAACACAUAGAUAUGAACUUGCACAACAGCUUCAGCAGCACCAACAAGCUGCUUCAAUAGAUGAUUCCACAGUAGAUCAGCAGAGCAUUCAUGUUUCUACACAGAUGCAAGUGGAGAUUGAGAGUGAUGAGUUACAGCAAUCAGAAGCUGUUACAACAGAUCAGCAAGCUAUUUUAGAACUAGAUCAACAGCAAGUAGUUGGGACAGAAGAAGCAGCACUGGGGCAACAAUUGGCUGAUCAGCGAUUAGAGCAAGAUGAAGAUAGGUUUGUGACAUCUCAGCACACUUUACAGGAAAACAUGAAUCAAUUUGAUCAGCAAGCUAUAGCACAGCAGUCAUUUGAUCAGCAGGGAUUAUCACAAGGUUUUACAGUGAAUGAUAGCUACAAUCAGCAGAAUCAAUUUCCAGCUGUGCAGCAGCUACAGGAUUCAAGCACACUUGAAUCUCAGGCUCUUUCAACAAGUUACCAUCAGCCAAAUCUGCUUCAGGUUCCAAACACAGACACUAUUAAUGUAACUACUCGCCUGAUACAAGAUCAGUCACAAGAAGAACUUGAACUGCAUAACCAACGCCCCCAUUUUCUUGAGGAUAGUGAAGAUCAAAGUAGGCGUUCCUACAGAUGUGAGUAUUGCAACAAGGGUUUUAAGAAAUCCAGCCAUUUGAAGCAGCACGUGCGAUCACAUACUGGCGAGAAGCCCUAUAAGUGCCAACUGUGUGGCCGUGGGUUUGUUUCCUCAGGAGUUCUUAAAUCACAUGAGAAGACCCAUACAGGAGUUAAAGCAUUCAGCUGUAACAUUUGCAAUACAUCCUUUACUACCAAUGGCAGCCUUACCAGACACAUGGCAACUCAUAUGAGCAUGAAGCCUUAUAAGUGUCCAUUCUGUGAUGAGAGUUUCCGAACAACUGUUCACUGCAAAAAGCACAUGAAAAAACACCAGGCAGUUUCCUCUGCAGUAACAACAGCUGGAGAGGCAGGAGGAGGAGGAGCUGUAGGGUUGGAAGAAGAUGAUGAAAAUUCUGAGAGGACCUCUAGAAAGUCUCGGCCUGGGGUCAUCACUUUCACAGAAGAAGAAACAGCAGAACUUGCAAAAAUUAGACCUCAAGAAAGUGCUACAGUCUCAGAAAAAGUUCUUGUCCAGUCUGCUGCAGAAAAGGAUAGAAUUAGUGAGAUCAAAGAUAAGCAAGCAGAACUGGAAGCAGAGCCCAAAUAUGCCAACUGUUGUACAUAUUGUCCUAAAAGCUUUAAAAAGCCAAGCGACUUAGUCAGGCAUGUUCGCAUCCACACUGGAGAGAAACCAUACAAAUGUGAUGAAUGUGGAAAAAGUUUUACAGUGAAGUCUACUCUUGAUUGUCAUGUAAAAACACACACAGGCCAGAAGCUCUUCAGUUGUCAUGUAUGCAGUAAUUCUUUUUCUACCAAAGGGAGUCUAAAAGUGCAUAUGCGUCUGCAUACUGGAGCAAAGCCAUUUAAGUGUCCACACUGUGAUUUACGGUUUCGUACUUCAGGGCGCAGAAAAACCCACAUACAAUGUCAUUAUAAACCAGAGACCAAGAAGGUCAGGAAGCCUGUCACCCGUGCCUCAGCUGAGGGACUGCAGCCAGUGAAUCUUCUUAAUUCUUCAUCAACAGACCCCAAUGUUUUCAUAAUGAAUAACUCUGUUUUGACAAGUCAGUUUGAUCAAAAUUUGCUUCAGCAAGGACUUGUAGGGCAGGCUAUCCUCCCUGCUUCUAUGUCAGCUGGAGGUGACUUAACUGUGUCCUUGACAGAUGGCAGUUUGGCCACUCUUGAAGGAAUACAGUUACAGCUUGCUGCUAAUCUGGUUGGACAGAACGUUCAAAUUUCUGGAAUCGAUGCUGCUAGUAUUAACAACAUCACAUUGCAGAUUGAUCCCAGUAUCUUACAGCAAACACUGCAGCAGAGUAAUCUACUUGCCCAACAGCUAACUGGGGAUUCCAAUAUGCCCGCACAGAACAGUUCCCUCCAGGCACCAGACAACACAGUGCCAGCUAAUGUGGUUAUCCAGCCCAUAUCAAGCCUAUCUUUACAGCCCACAGUUACCUCUUCAGCGAAUAUGACGAUAGGAUCCCUUUCUGAGCAGGAAUCUGUGUUGACAACUAGCAGUAGUGGUGCACAGGAUCUCUCUCAAGUGAUGACCUCUCAGGGCAUGGUGUCCACGUCAAAUGGUCAACAUGAGAUAACAUUAACUAUAAAUAACUCAAGUUUGAGUCAAGUCCUAGCACAUGCUACUGGUACCUCCACUACAAACUCAUCAGGAAGUCCACAAGAAAUUACUCUUACUAUUUCUGGUCAAGAUCUUAUUCAGCAUAAUUCUUCUGGAAGUAAUGAUAUGAAUGGGAGCUUAAGACUGACGACUCCAGCAAUCAGCAAUCAGUCAACAGGUGCUACUAUAACUAUAAGCAAUGAUCAGCUUCUCUCUCAGGGUACAUCACUGAACACUUCAGAGCUUAAUACAUCAGGUGGAAACCUUCCUUCAACACCACCUAUGUCUCAAUCUACUGUUUCUUCCCAGAACUUAGUAAUGUCUUCAUCAGGGGUUGGAGGAGAUGGCAGUGUCACCUUGACCCUUUCUGAUACUCAGGGCAUGUUGUCUGGUGGUCUCGAUGCAGUUACACUUAAUAUCACUUCACAGGGUCAGCAGUUCCCUGCCUUACUGACAGAUUCCAGUCUCUCCAACCAGAAUGCAUCAGGCUCGCAGCAAGUCAUACUAGUGAGCCAUACACCACAUUCAACAUCUGUAAACUCAGAUGAAAUAACAUAUCAGGUUACUGAGGUUUCUCCUAACCUGACUAAGGGCACUCAAGCAGAAAGAGAAGGUCGAGUACACCAGUGUUUUGAAUGUAAUCAAACCUUUCCAUCAACUACCAUGUUAAUGCACCACAGUAAAGAGGUUCAUGGCAAGGAGAGAAUCCAUGUCUGCCACAUCUGCAAUAAAGCCUUUAAACGGGCAACCCAUCUGAAGGAACACAUGCAGACCCAUCAGGCUGGACCUUCACUAAGUUCUCAGAAGCCAAGAGUUUUUAAAUGUGAUACUUGUGAAAAGGCUUUUGCUAAGCCAAGUCAGCUGGAGAGACACAGCCGUAUUCACACAGGGGAGCGUCCAUUUCAGUGUACACUUUGUGAAAAAGCCUUUAACCAGAAGAGUGCGCUUCAAGUGCAUAUGAAAAAGCAUACAGGAGAGAGGCCUUACAAGUGUGAUUACUGUGCAAUGGGCUUUACACAGAAAAGCAAUAUGAAACUCCAUAUGAAAAGAGCUCAUGGCUAUGUUGGUACUGUACAAGAAUCUGCCAGUCACCAAGAACAAGAAGGGGAAGACAUUAAUCGUGCUUUGAAUUUAGAAGAGGUGGUUCAAGAAUCCUCAAAUGAAUGGCAGAGUAUAAGCAAUGUAUUUCGGUGACACUUGGAUGAAAGCUUAAAAGGCUUUCAGGACUUGAAAAUUCUCUACAUAAUUUUUGAGAAAAGUAAAGAAUAUGGAUUUUACAGUUGAAGCUUCAAGCAUUGAAACCAUUAACAGUAGAAUAAUAUAUUAUAGGUUUUUUUUAAUUAUUUACAAAAAGUACCUAAAGAAUCAUUGUCUUUUGUAAGCUUGUAGAACAAUAUUGGGAAUCCCCUCCCCCCCCCCCCCAAAUCAAUUAAUUUGUGCUAAGUUGUCUACAAAUCAGUGAACUCAGGUAAUAUAUGCAGUUUCAUCUUCUAAUUCACAGUCAGUGUAUCUACUUGAAAAAUUAACUGGAACUUCAUGUCAGGAAAGAGUGGUUCCCCAGUAUUAGCAAAGUAUGACCUCCAUGAAAUCUCAUUAAUUUUUUUUAGCGUAUAAAGAAAUAUUUGGCAUUGGAAAGAAAAAUGUUAAAAAGUAGAUGUAUGCAGUACAGAGUUGAAUUUUACAUGUCACAGGAAAUUGUUACAUUUCUGUUUUUAACCUCUUGGUGCGUUUUAAGACGUGGUAGAAAGUGAAUUCCUAUUGCAUUACAGGACAUUUCUGAAGCUAACCUCUAGAAAGAGGUGGGUCAUUUCUAUUCUGAUUUCAAAGACAGAUGGCCAUUAUUUUUACAUUAAAAUGUCUGAGGCUUCAAACUCAGCAAUAAAAACUCCAAGAGAAUUCAACUAGAAGAUGAACUGAUUGAACAUCACCUUUUUGUUUUCGGUAUGGAUCAGCAGAUGCAUAUCUCAGUAUCUGUGGAAAGCACAGCCAUAUACUAAGCAUGAUAAAUAGCAUAAACUUUUACAUUUAAUAGCUUGCAGGAAGUGAACUACACAACAGGUUGCUUCAGUUUAACAUAGAAGUAAUCUGUAGUGUAAAAAGUUACAGUACCAAGUCCAUAAAAUCCUUAUUUUCUUUUUAAUCAAUUCUGAAAGUAUUUUACUUCUUUAAAUCAUUGUUUCAGUAAAACUACCUAGUUAAUUUAGUGCUCACCUGAAACGUGCCAUUUAUUUAGCGUAUUCAAAACAAAGAAACACUGGAAUAAAUAUGUCAUCUUUUAGACAUUCCAAAGACAGAAAGCUCUUUUCUUACUUUUACUUUGUUCCUUUGAAUUUAUUUAUAUUUUAUAUAUAUAUAGUGUGUGUGUACAUAUAUAUAUAUAUAUAUGUAUAUAUACAGAUAUAUAAGCCUCUGUGUGGCUGUUCAGUAUAUUUUGUAAAUACUAAUUGCAGUUGCAGGAAGAGUUCAACAAAUUUUCAUCUUCAUAUGAACACUUCUAGAUCAGUGUUAGAUUUACUGUCUUGUAAAAUAGAGUUGGUUUUUAUUUUACUUCCUGAAAAAUAAUUGCCCUCAGAUCCAAUCUUUUCCCCACUUUUCUGUAAAUAUUAUCAAUACUUUGUGUAUGAUGAGACCUAGUCAUUUCAGAUUCCUGAAGGAAGAAAUCACUGCUGGUUUUGAUAGGGCAUCUCUUAAUUUCUUUUGUUAACUCUUGGCAUAUGUAUAUAAGUAAUAUAGCUGGUGAAUUAAAAUAACAUUUUUGUUAUGUGGAAUAUUUAAGUCAGAAAAAUGUUAAAUAAUAUUAAUUUUUUCCAAA